AACACCGAGCAGCGGCUAAAUGACAGCAGCUAACGUUAGACCUUAAACCUGCUGGAUGUUAAAGGGGACAUGGGAAUGGUCAAAGAUUUCCUCGCUGUGUUAUUUUAAUGAAGUCAGCUGUUUAGUGUGACAUUUUAACUAUCCAGCGACAGUAUUAGCGCGUUUUAAUUUUGAGACCAAGCUAACCAGCUAGUCAGCUUAUCUCUGGUUGAUAUUAUUAUUUAGAGUCAUGAACUCCCUGGUUGAUUACGGAGUGUCCUCGGAGUCUGACAGCGAUGGUGAUGUAGACGAUGUAAACAGCGGUGGAGCUGGCUGUGUAAAGGAGGCGGGUGAUGAGGCGUCAGCUGGCAAAAAGACCCGCAACUUCUUGCUGGAGUCUGGUUCAGCUUCCGGUGAAUCAGACAGUGAGUCAGAACCAGGGGAAAAGGACCCAGAGCACCCUUCACCAACAACACAUCCCCAGAAACCAGCAUCCUCUGCUGCCUGCCAGUCCUCCCUACCUGCUCCUUCCCUGGGUUCCCACCCCUCCAAUAAACUACCUCCUCCUUCUCUACAUACCUGCUCUGACAGCAGUGUGUUUGCCAACCCUUUCAAAGCUCAGGCAGACCAGAAGCUCAGCGCCUUGCAGAAACACGUCCCCCUCACAAUGCAGGCCAAACCCUCUCAGAUAGGAGGUAAAAGGAUGUGUGUGUCAUACAGGAAAGAUGGAAGGUGCAGGUUUGGGAUCAAAUGCAAGUUCGCUCAUGACAGUGACCUCCAGACUGACACUCAUCCACCUGUGGGUGAAGAAACACCAAUGUCAGAUGAAGCCGAGUCCCAUGCAGGCGGCUCAUGUGGUGGAGGAUCUCAGCACCACCAGCAGGAGACAAGAGAGGAAGAGUCAGGAGGGCAGCUAUUGAAGAAGAGGAAGGUUGGACUGAGUAACACCUUGAUUCCUCCUAAACGAGCUAUGAAGCAGUUUGCCAUGCAGAGGGAGAGGGAGCAGAUCAACAUGUCCUGAUGAAUGAUUUCUGGGCUGUGUGUUGUCACAAAGCAAUAGUACUGGGGUGACAUAUGUUCUCUCGGUGUGUAUAUGUUGUAGAAACUGUGCACUAUCCACUGUAGGACCAAUUAAUGACUCAGGCAUAGUUACAUCUGGAAGACAUUUUGUCCAAAGCGACUGACAUUUUUAUUUACGUCAAUCGCACAUCGAGAGCAGUUUGUUCUUGCUUGAGGACAUUUUGACAUGUCAGGGCUUAACAAUAAGGAUUGCUCAGUAGCUCAGAGCAAGUAAAAUACCAUGUAGGGCUAGUAUAUCUAGUAACUUACUUGCCAAGUUGGACAUGUGCUAGAUAGAAAAUAAUUAGAUGUAUUUUUUUUGUUCUAGAAUUGUUGGUGUAAGUAGCUUAGAAGUGAGCCAUCUCACAUCCUUUUAAUCUGUUGAAAGCUGAACUUUUGCAAUACUGAAUGACAGUUAACUUAAGUCUUUGAUGUUACUUGCUAACUGGUAAUAAAUUAAAAUUGUAUAAUAGGUAAAUAUUGACUUUGGGCAAGUAGAUUCUGAUCCACUUGCCCAAUUAAAAAACAUCAACAUUGAACUCUGCAUGUAGACAGAAGGAGCUGUGGAUUGAUCCAGGAAACCAUACUGUUAACAGCAGAACCCUCCAACAAUUCACCUAUAGCAGCCCCAGUUGAAGAGAGGAGAAAUUAGUUUAAUUCCUUGGGUUUGUGUUAUUUAUGUUCUCAGUCAGUGAAUACACUUUAGAGAAAUGUUAAGACGUUUAUUUACAUCUUAUAAAUGAACAGUUUUUGUGUUUGCUCUACCACACACCCAAAAUCACAAACCAGAGGUGCAGAUUUAGUACUGACAUAUGCUCCAAAGUUUCUACAUAGCUCUGCUCAUCAAAUUACAUCACACUUUACUGACAUAAUUGGAGUUUAAUUAUCUAAUUCAGUGACUGUGCUUGCUGUUAUUUUAUGGGUUCAUCUGUGAUUUACAAUAUCCAAGAUCAGCAUUUGGCUGAUUGAAGACUUCUGUGAGUAGUACAUACAUUAAAUGGGUUAUUAUUCCUUCGAUGUCUCCCAGCCAAGCUGAACAAACAGCUGUACAGCUGCCAGUGAAACAGUUUUAAUGACACUGCCAAAUAACUAAAAUACACAUACUUUGUGAUUUUUUUACAAGACUGUAAAACAUCUUUUUGUCUUCUGCUUUUCAGGGUUUGAAAUGUUAUUCUGUUACAUAGUUUUCUGUUAUCUUUUUUUAACCUUGCCAAAUAAAGGCUUACAGUAGAUCUGGACACUAAAUGAAAAAA